AUUGUCGUCGAGUUCAACAACCUGCGAUAUGUGGAAAACUAUAUAAUAAUAACAUUCGCUGCAGAUUUUCCUAUAAAUGUUCUUCAACUAAUCAGAUAUCGACAUAACCACAUUAGAUAAACACGGUUGAGAUAUUUUAUUGAAUCUGUGAUAAAACGUUACGUAGUAUUUUGUCACAGUUUUAUACAGCGAGUGAAAAAUUAUGAGGGAAGUAGGAUGUGACGGCGGCGGCGCGUCUGGUGCCACAUUCGCCGCAGCAUUGCAGUUUCUCGCCGCAUCCACGUGCCUUUUACAGGAGCCUUGGCCUCCGCAGGCUGACGUUCAAAAUGGGACCCAUUUUGAUUUCAUCGUGGUGGGUGGCGGCACUGCCGGGGCCACCUUGGCGGCCAGGUUGUCUGCGUUGUCGGUCAAUGUCCUGCUGCUGGAGGCUGGAGGCGAUCCACCCCAAGAUAGUAUCAUUCCUGGCUUCAAGGACAUUAUGAAAAGAAGUAAUUACGAUUGGAAUUUCACCUCAACAAAUGACAAUUAUUCAAGCCAAGCUCUUCAAAAUGGCAGUCAGAGACAACCGCGUGGUAAGAUGCUGGGAGGCAGUGGAUCCAUCAACGACAUGAUUUACUCUCGUGGCUUCCCGGCUGAUUAUGAUGAAUGGGCCUCCAUAGUCGGAGAGAAUUGGAGUUGGAAUAAUGUUCUAACAUACUUCAAAAAAACAGAAAAUUUGACUGACGAAAGAAUCACUAUCAAUCGAGACCUGGCUAGUUUUCAUGGUUUUGAUGGAGAAAUUGAAGUUACUGGUUCGACUGACUCUACUUUUACUACCGAUAAAUUUCUUGAGGCAUUUAAGGAACUGAAUUUUAGUAUUGUUAAAGAUAUGACAAAUCCAUCCACGAUAGGCGCAGGAAGAUUCUCUCAUACUAUAAAAGAUGGUAAAAGACACAGUUCUCUUACUGCUCUUCUCAACAAAGCAUCGGAAAAAAAAAACUUGUUCGUUUUAAAAAACGCGCUUGUUGCUAAGAUAUUAGUUCACAACGAAACGGCGUAUGGUGUCAAAGUAUUAUUAGAAGACGACGAAUUUAUUUUCUAUGCCGAUAAGGAAAUUAUUAUAUCCGCAGGAACGUUUAAUACUGCAAAAUUAUUGCUCCUCUCAGGAAUUGGACCUAAAGAGCAUUUAGAAGAAAUGGGUAUAAGCGUCAUCAAAGAUUUGCCUGUUGGAGAAAAUCUUCACGAUCACGUCAUGGUACUGACGUAUUUAGCAGCGCAAAAUGGGACGUGCGACUUAGAUAAAAAGAACGUUCAUAUGGAGACCAUUAAGUAUCUUUAUGAUCGAAGCGGAUCUCUUGUUAGAACUUCUGAUUUGGGAGCGUACAUAUCUUACAAUAAAUCUCUGAAUGUACCAGAUUUCGCUAUUUAUCCUACAUGUAUGACCGCUAAUAGUGCUUUUUAUAACCCAUGUCUAGAAAUUUUAGGUUUCAAUGAAGGCAUUUGUGAAAAAAUCGAUUCCCUAAACAGAGAUUUUGAAAUCCUUUCAUUAGCCGUUGUAAAUCUUAAGCCGAAGUCCAGAGGUCGAGUGCGCUUGCAGUCCCUCGAUCCUCUCGAUCCUCCGCUCAUUUAUUCAGGAACUUUUAAUAAUAGUAGCGAUUUAGAUUAUUAUCCCGAUGCCAUACAAACAGCUUGGUCAAUAGCCAACACCUCCCAUUUCAACUCGAAAAAUGCUUCUGUUGUCGUAUUUGACAUAGAACAAUGUAAUGAUUUGUUUGAAAGAAAACGUUUGGAAUGCCUCGCGAGGGCUACAGCGAUGUCUGCUUGGCACGCUGUUGGCACGGCCGCUAUGGGAACAGUUGUGGAUUCAGAAUUAAAAGUUAAAGGAAUUGUUGGACUGAGGGUAGCUGAUGCCAGUGUAAUGCCAACAGUAGUUCGAGGUAACACGAAUUCUCCCGUCGUAAUGAUAGCUGAGAAAGCGGCGGACUACAUUAAAGAAUAUUAUAAGAUUAUCGAUUCCUAAAAUUGUAAUUAAAUGAAUACAUCUGACAAUUUGUUUAAGUAUAAAAUAAAUGACGUUCGUGAUUAGGUGUAUGUGAUGUAAGCUUAAUAAACUUUAUUAGUAGUUUUAAUGUACGUGUGUGCAGUACCUACCAUCGUAACACUUGUAUUUUUUGGGCGAUGGUCAUUGAUAUAUAAAACACUCGAAACUGUCACUAAACACUCGGCAAUUCUAUAUAAGUAUUUAUAAUUAUACAAUAAACAAUUUUUGUAAAUUCAAUCUUACGCGGAUUGCUUAAAAUUGUUUUCACAAAGUAGUAAACAAAAAGAAAUAAAAUUUUACAACUGAAAUUAGUCUGUUACAAGACUGGAGGCGAAUAUUAUUUAUACUGUUUAAUUUUAUACGACGUUUAAUUAUUUUUAUAAGAGUUUGUUAAAUUGUGUUCUAAACGCGUAUUUAUACUUUUAUCUCAGCGUAAAUAUGUUUAAAUCAAUGAAACAAAUAUUUACUGGGAAAAUUAUUUAUUUAAUUUUUUGGUUCAAAAAGUAUUAGUAGAACAUUUUAUCGAAACUAAGUAGGUACCUAUUUAGAUUAAGGUGAUUGGGUAGCGAGCUACCAGCCCGGGAAACUUUUUUUCAAGUUUCAGGGUGUAUCUACUACGGAUCACUCUUAAAACUUUAAAAAUAUAUUUAUUUUUAAACUGACAUGACAACAGCAGGAAAAACAUUAAUUUACUUGGAAUAAAUUUAGUUAAUUGUAGUUUUUUUUUAAUUCGAUUUUACGUUUUCUGUUGUUUUCUCUACGAUAUAAUGUAAACGAACAUCUAUAAACUUUUCUAAAAGCUUUUA